AUGGAAGACAUACUGCGCGAACUGUCAGAGAUUAAAGGUCAAAUUGGAAUGCUCGAGAAACAAAGCGGAGCACUUGACGAGAAAUACACGGCGCUUGAGGAGAGAAGUAUGUCACUUGAAGAGAAAUACAAGAUGCUUGAGGAGAGAAGUAUGUCACUUGAAGAGAAAUACAAGAUGCUUGAGGAGAGAAGUAUGUCGCUUAGGGAAAAAACCAGCGUGCUUGAUAACCAUAUCGCAGGCGGUGGUGAUAUCCUCGGUGAUAUCAUGACUAUCCAGUACUGCCAAGAGCAGCAGCUGCCAUAUGUUGCUGAAUACAAGGAAGAUUUUCAAAAGGCGUAUCGAAUAGCAUUUGACAAAGCCUUGAUAGAAGCUCCAUCAUAUCCCCCGGAAGUUAUCCGAGCAUUCGACAUCUGGGCCUCAGUUCAUGAACUCAGUGCCUGGCAGGCUCACGAUAAUAAAGCAACGCGAGAGGAUAUCAAAAAGCAGGCCGCUGGGAUUAUCGACGCAGCAUUGAGCACCGAGAAAAACCAGCUUGAAGCACGAUUGGGAAAUGGAGGGGACUUGCGGGUAGCUUUUGAUACUAUGGUUCGGCUGUUUACGGCUGGUCGAUGA